AUGGACUCCAAGUUAGUCUAUCGUGCCCUGCGACAAAUUUCACAGUGGACUGUAGACGGGUUCUACUCAGAAGUUCGCGUCUCUGGGCAAGAGAACGUACCAGCAACGGGCCCUCUGAUUGUCACGCCAUGCCAUCACAAUGAAAUUCUGGAUAUCGCAACUCUCGCUGUCACGAUGCCGCACAGGAGGCCGGUGUGCUUUUGGGCGAAGUCGACAAUGUUCGCGAACUCCAUCGCCAAGACUAUCAUGACGUCUUCUGGCAGCAUUCCAGUCCGUCGCAACCCGAACAACAGCUCCAAUGCAGGCGACAAGAAGAAGCAUGGAUCAGAGAGCAAUUUCGCAUUAUUUAGGGAGACUUUCCGCGCGUUGGACAAGGGAGAGGUCGUCGGGGUCUUCCCGGAAGGUACGAGCUACACGGAGCCCCACAUUGCUCAGAUCAAGGAAGGAGCCGCCUGGGCUGCUUUGGAGCACGCUCGGUGGCAGAUGCAGCACACAUCAGAGUACAAGGAGGGCGGUCCGGAGAAGCUGAUGGUAGUCCCUGUCGGGAUUAUCUAUACCGACAAGUCGCACUUCCAAAGCCAGGUCUUGGUGCAGUACGGCAAACCGAUAGACACUGAACCAUACGCCCAGCGGUAUCUUGCGAGCAACGACCCUCACGCGGAAGUUAAAGAGCUGACAGCUGAAAUAGAGACCAGGCUGACGAAGUUGACUGUAAACGCCAAAGACUGGUGCACAACUAUGUCGACCUCUCCCAAGCGUAGGUCGUUCCACACUCCGCAUCCGUGGCCGGUAAUGCAGCUUUCAUACAGUCUCAUGGAUCGCUUCGAUGACGGGAAUAGCCAAGAAGCUGUAACAAAGCUCGUGAAAUACUCCGGCAUUCUGUACCACGCUGGCAUCUCGCACGGCUCUCUUGUGGCCCUUUAUUCAAGUUCUGAGAAGCCUUCCCGCGCAGUCAGCAUCGGCGUAUUCCUGCGUGAAGCCAUCACGACGGUACUGCACCCACGCUUCCUAUGCUUCUUCCCCAUCGGCCUCCUGCAUAUCCCAGCUUACAUUGUCGGCUCGUGCGCAGCACGCUUCCUUGCAGACCCUCAGGAACCGGAGACUCUUGCAGAGCGCAAGGCCGUAUGUGGCGGAGUGACCUUUGGUGCGACGGCCGCGCUUUUG